CUCGCUAGAAAGAUCACGUCAAUGGCGAUAGCUUCAAGGGUCUCUAAUCUAGACUCUGAGGUUGUGGAAUUGAGGCAGAAGCUUGUGGAUAAGGAGAAUGCUGGGCUGUGCGUGAGCUUGAGGAGAAAGGCUUCUCGCCUUGAGAGAGAUUGCCCCGAGGCUGAUUCGAGAUUGAAGAUUGUCCUCGAGGACAAUAUGAACCUGACUAAGGAGAAGGAUUCACUGGCAAUGACUGUAACAAAACUCACUCGUGAUUUGGCUAAGUUGGAGACAUUCAAGCGGCAGUUAAUCAAAUCCCUGAGCGAUGAGAGUGGUCCUCCGCAAACAGAACCUGUUGAUAUCCAGGACAUGCGACCAGUCAAUUCCUGGACCAGACAAAACUAUAGUGGAUCUACAGACAUGACCAAUCCAGGUGUCGAAGCUUCAAAAUACACUGGAAACAAAUUUGAGGAUCAGAACCUGGAUUUUGGAACAGAGGGAGAGAGGAGCUGAAUCGAUCGUACCGUUGAGAUUGUUUUGAGAAAGAUUGAUGUUGAUGAGUGUACGGAUACGACAGAAUCCGUAAGGAAACCCGCCGAAGAUAUUAUAGUCGGAGAGAUCGAUGGCAGUGACGGUGCUACCGUACCGUUUCUGAUGUUGUCGUCGCAUGUGAUUCCCGUCCAGUUACACGGAUUACGGUUAUCUCCGGUUAUGAUCCAAUCUUGUAAAUUUCCAUCCGGGUCAAGAAGUCGGGUCUUUUUAACCCGGUUUAGAAUCUCAGCAUCUCCGUUGGAAGAAACUUGGAGGAAACAAGAAAGAAGAAGAAGAAGUAGAGAGAGGAACAAGGAGAGAGUAGUAGGAUUGGUCAUCGUGUUGAGAAGAUGAUGAUGAAACACGAUGAAGGUGAAUAAGGAAUGUUGUUAUUGAUCAUGAACGGAUUUGCAGGUUUUUUCCAAUGAGACUUUCGCUCGUUUUUGGUUGCUUUUGAUUCACAUGGGAAGUACCAAAGUAGGCUUAGUGUGAGUGACAGUUUUUUCUUGAAGUGUUUGUGGAGUCUUAAAGAUAAGUUGGAAAGGAAUCUAGAAAACUUUUGUUAGUGACUUAAUGUUCACUCUUUGAAAACCCCAACAUUAUCUA